AUGUGCGUUGGUUUCUGGACCGUCGACCAUCCGGACUACGCGCUAAUCUUGUGCAGCAAUCGCGAUGAGUUCCUCUCUCGUCCGACCGCGCCCGCCCAAUGGCACUCCUUCGGCCCAAUCGGGACCGACGUCCACGGAGACGCACCGGCAGAUCCAGGCGCGCCCACCGUCCUCUCAGGCCGUGACCUGGCUGCCGGUGGGACCUGGCUGGGGAUUAACCGGACUGGCAGGAUAGCCGUCCUAACGAACAUCACGGAACCGUACCGGAAAUACGCAUCCUCCCGCGGCGAUCUCACCUCCUCCUUUCUCCUCCCGCAGACCCCAGGAGUGCCGCUCUCGGAGGAAAUCGACGCGUUCCUCGCCGCAAACCGCGGCCGCGCGUACGCGGGCUUCAACAUGCUCCUCCUGUCUCCGUCGACAACACCGCCUGCGCGGCCUGGCACGCUCGACCUCGACGCCGCGCUCCUGACCAACUCGGGGGGUGGCGGAGCAUUGACGGCCCGUCCGCUGACGGACGACGAGCGCAGCUGCGGCGGGCUUUCAAACGGGCUCAUCGACCGCGCCCCGGGCGAGCCUGAGUGGCCGAAGGUGCAGCACGGCAGGGUCGCGUUCCGCGAGAUGCUCGCGUCGCUCGCAGAGGACACGGCCGAGGCCGAGGUCGUGGAGCGACUGUUCGCGCUUCUAACCUGGCAGACCGCUCCCGCUCCCGCGGCGCGCCGCGACCUCUCCACGACCGUGCACGUCGCCCCCAUCCGCGUCCCCCCAGUCGCUCCCCCCCACCGCACGCGCCUCUCGACGGCGAUCCUCGUCCGGCACGACGGCCGCGCCACCUUCGUCGAGCGCGACGUCUGGACGCUCCCCGGCGGCGAGGACGCCCGGGAGCCGGUCCGGGCCCCGCUCGGGCACGACCGCGUCUUCCGCUUCGCCGUGGGGAGCACGGGCGCGCUCAGUGUGUGA